AUGUCUGGACCACCGAUAAAACCUCCACGAGGUAUAAAACAUACCAAGGAAACAAGUGGAUUGUUGAUAUCAGUAAUACGAGCACUUUCAGCAAGUGAAACAAAUGAGCAAAGAGAAGUUGAAAAAGCUAAACUUGAAAAGGAAUACAAACGGAGUGAUCAAAAGCUUGAUGAACUGUUGAAAGAAGUACCGGCUAAAUUGAGCAAUUAUUUGAACAAAAAAUUGUACCUCCAUGCGACCCAGCUGCUAGUAUCCGCAUUGUCAAUGGGUGAUGGUAAUUUAGAAGGAGUUGAAGCGCUGAGAGAAGUCAAGACAGAAUUGGAGGCAAAGAAGCAGCAGCUUCAGUCUAAAUUGCUCGAGGAAUUGACGAGACACUUGUACGUCGAAACUACCAGGGAGGUUUUGUUAAAAAGACAAGGAUCUGGUCGCGAUUUUCAGCGUAGUAGUGAGGCUCGCGGAUCUAGAGGCAAUAAAGUAAAACGCGCGUUGUUGGACGUCAGCUAUCCUAGCAGUCAGUUGGCUCGGGGACUUAAUGCUCAGCAAGAAGACUUGACAAACAUAAUUGAGGAUGAAAAUUCAUUGAAUCCAGAAGAAAAUUCUGAACAUUUUAUUGCGAUUAUCAUUGAAUGUCUGGCAUUGUUGAAUAAUAUUCCCGAUGCAGUCGAAGCGAUCAAGAGUAAUAUGCAAAAUGAAUUAUUGAAUAUAAUUGCGCGUACUUCGGAUUCAAUAAAAGCUAAUGCUGAUAAGAUGAUGCCUAAAUCCGAUGUCAGUGGCGUACGUAUCAUCAAUCACGCAGACGGGGAAGAGAAUAAUGGUCAGUCGGCGUUACUCGAGUUACUCCAGACUAUUUUUGAUCAGUUUAGAAUGAUUGCUAAUGCCCAUUCGAUGGCGUUAAGAAGUUUCUCUCAUGUUUCCAAAAAGUACAAUGUCGAUGUACGAUUGUAUGAGAUGCCUGAUGUUUGGAGUAAAAUACAAGCAGUCUUACAAUUAUUACUGACAGAGUAUCUUGAUAUACAGAAUGUUGUGGAUCGACCAUUUCAACCGACUAAUUUUUCCGAAUCGUCUGUUGAUAUUAAUGCUUACUUCGCAAAACGUAAACCUCAGAGACAAAAAAAUGGAUCUUUGUUUAAAUUUGACUUUUCUUUACAUCCUAAAACACUAAAUACGUAUCUGAAGGAUCAGAAACUCAGCAAUGCUAGCUUUAUAGACAAUGCAUCAUUAAAAAUAUCAAAACGGCUAGUAUGUGAACCAGACCCUAAAAAUAUAACAUUUAUAUUCCGUCCUAUGAUGCAAUUUAUCGAAGAAAUAGAACGCGCAUUAGAAAUCCAACCUGGUAAUUCUUGUACACUAAAUAGUUUUAUAGCUGACUACAUAAAGGAAGAAUUUCUGGGAAGACAUCACAUAAUGGUAGCAACAACAAUCGAUGCUGCAACAAAAGCAUCGGACGCUUGGCAAACCAUAACACCACCAGAAGUUAUGAAAGACUUGGGAUUAGCACGACCACUGUUACAAUCAACAGUAAAAGUCGAGCAGUGUAUAGCUGAGUUGAGAUCACUGAUGAUAGCUCUGCCCCUUCAGGGCGAGCAUUUUUGUACUCUGGCGCUUAACAUUCUCCACAAUUAUCGGGAGACUUGCCAAUCAGCGUACCGCAAUAUAAUACAAUCGGGGAAUGAGGAUAGAAAAAUCUGUUCAGCGGCUUGGUUGAAAGACGACGACAUCAGCAGGUUUAUAAAAUCACUGCCUAACUGGGACAAUAUGAAGAGUGAAACUACAAGCGAUAAGCGUGGGAAGAUAACCCGUGGGUGGUCAAUGCGCCGCCAGGAGACUCAGGAAGAAGAAAGUCCUGAAGAUGUAAGACAACGCAAUUUGCGAGAAGCUGAAAUUCUGGCGAGCAAUUUGGGCGAGGGUGGAAUUAAUUCAAGCGAAAUUCUAUCUGACGUUGGUCAGCUUCGUUGCUUGGCACUUUUGCAAGAAAGUGUCGAGUGGUUUGCUUUGUCAAUACGCUUACUCACUGCUGAGUUACAACAAUCUAAAAACAGCAAUGACAACCAAACAUUGUUACCACGUGUUUCUGAUUCGCUUGUUGAACUGCUCGAGCAAGUCGCUGUUGAGUUUGAAGAACUUGCUAAUACAUGUAUUCUUCUGCUGCAUCUGGAAGUAAGAGUACAGUGUUUCCAUUACUUAUUACCUCGUGGCGAGUACAGUCAUCUGUGUGAUGGUGUUCAGGAUCCCCAAGAAGCAGAUCCGCGUGUACAAGAGCUCAGUCGUGUUUUGCAGAACAUUGACGAGUCACUGCAGUCUACUUUGCACCCCAAAAAGACAAAAUAUAUUUUUGAAGGCCUUGGACAUUUGAUAACUAAAAUAUUAAUAACUUCCGCGCAGUAUAUUGAUAAAAUAGACAAAAGUGGGAUCCAACGUAUGUGUAGAAAUGUUUUUACACUCCAACAGACACUUACUAAUAUAACUAUGGCCCGCGAACUGGCGCUGGAUUAUGCAAGACAAUACUUUGAACUUUUUUAUGAAACACCUGAAGAUAUUUUGAAUAAUAUACUUGAAAAUGGACCACAAUUUUCUGAGCUAGAGUAUAUAAAUGCUUUUCAAUUAAUUGCUAGAAGUCAGGCACAACACUCUUCAAUAAGUAAACAAUUAGAAAGGUUAUCUGAGAUUCUAAGUGAAAUUGGAGCUGCAGUAUAG